CCUGUCCUCGUUUACUUCUGUCCCAGUCCCAUACAUUGACGUGACGAGGCACCAUGAGAAGACCCGCAAACUCGCACAUCAUCAUCUUCAUCGUUUCCGUCUCGCUCCUUGUCUCCGGACAGUGUGACGUGAGCCGAAAACUUUUAGUGUUUCUUAUCGAUGGAUUCCGUUACGAUUACAUUCACGAUUUACAGAAUUUGCCAGGAUUUAAAGAAAUUGUGGAUAACGGAGUCAAGGUGGAUUAUAUGACGCCAGACUUUCCGAGUCUGUCUUUUCCUAACUAUUACUCGCUUAUGACAGGUCGCCAUUGUGAAGUGCACCAGAUGACUGGGAAUUACAUGUGGGAUAAGGACUCUAUGAAGGAGUUCCUGAUUGGUGAAAAUCCAGACAGUCGCUUACCUAUGUGGUGGGAUGGCUCAGAGCCUCUCUGGGUAACCAUGCAGAAACUGGGCAAGAAAGUUCACAUGUACUAUUGGCCAGGUUGUGAAGUGGAGAUUCUUGGCGUACUGCCUACAUUCUGUGAAGAAUAUGUUUACAAUCCCUCUAUAAGGAACCUAACUGAUGCAUUUGAGGAUGCCCUCAAUGUGCUAAAGGGUGGUAAGGCAGACAUGGCAGCUGUGUACUAUGAAAACAUUGAUGUGGAAGGUCACCAUUAUGGUCCUGGGUCGGCGGUGGUGCAGAGGGCUGUCCGCUCCCUCGAUGUGGCAUUCCAGACCCUGAACCAAAGAAUCAAGGAGAAAGGCAUGCAAGAUGAGUUGAAUGUUAUCAUGUUCUCUGACCAUGGGAUGACAGAUAUCAAUUGGAUGAAGAAGGUUAUUGAAUUAGAGCUGUACAUAAACAUGUCCCAUAUCAUAAAGAUGAUGGACAGAGGGCCAGUCGUCAGUCUGUGGCCUAAAUCUGCCAGGUUUGAAGAGAUUUACAGAACAUUACAGGUAGUUGACAACAUGAAAGUGUAUAAGACAAAUGAGAUCCCAGAACGCUAUCACUACAAAAGAGGAAAGUUUGUCUCACCACUGACACUUGUUGCUGAUCCUGGAUGGUUCAUCACUGAGAGCAAAGCCAAGCUACCCUACUGGCAGAACAGCACAGGAGAACAAGGAUGGCAGCAUGGUUGGCAUGGAUAUGACAACGAGUACCUGGACAUGAGGGGGUUCUUUCUGGCUCAAGGACCAGAUUUUAAGGAGGAUUUCCGAGCGGGGCCGAUCAGGUCGGUGGACGUUUACAACGUAAUGUGCAAGGUCCUCGGCAUCCAGCCCCUUCCGAACAAUGGCUCCUGGUCUAGGGUGGAGUUCAUGCUCACCGGCUCGGCUGCCCGUGCAGCGCCCACUCUGCUCUGCAGCAGCGUGUUGGUGUUCCUGGUGCUGCUGCUAUCUGCUUAGAUCUAGGAGCUGAAACCAGUAUAGCCGGCCCAUCCUACAGUGCUUUCCGCACUGCUGUUUUAGGACCACGUCCGACUGGUCAAUGCUGAGAAGCCGAAACACUUAAUGCAGACUGAACAGGCGAUGUGCAAUUAUUUGAAAAAUUCUGUUCUUUGUAUGUUUCAGCAUGUGAGACAGGCCUACGUUAAUUUUUCUUCAAGAGCAAAUUUAGCCAUUAUUCUUUUACAGCUGGAUUAGGCAGAGGUUAACAAAAGAGGUAUUUUAUGUUAGUAAAGUUGGUUCCAUCUCUUUGCACAUGUACAUUAAACAGAAAUAUAAUUUGAGACCAAAGAGAUUUGCUCAUCAUUGUGACAGAACAUUCAUUGACAUUUUAAAGAUUUGCAUUACUUGGAUACCUUAAAAUGUACUGUAGUAAUUUUUGUAAUCUUGUAAGCAGGCUUUAUGUUCUGAAUGGCAGACAAAUGAGAGGGUGAUUUUAUCUUUCAUUGUUCAUGAUGUGUUGCAGAAUAUUUAUUUCCUUUAAAGUCGGCACUCUUCUAAAUGUAAAGCAAUAUGAGUCAUUUUAAUUGCCUGUUAGAGACCUUCCCCCUUAUUUUCAUUACUGAAUAAGCUUAUCUGUGGGGUUGUACUAAAUAAUUUUAUUUUCCUAAUAAAAGAUAAGUAAUUGUCAUAGUUUUUAGUGACAAUAUACA